AGUUCAUCCUCACCUUCUUCUGUUAACCUGAGGUACUUUGAAGAAACCAAGAGUAGAAAGAGAGCAAAGAUGUUGAGACAGCAAAAAGAAAAUCAGGACAAAUGUUUCAAAAGAGAGAGAGUUAAAAGCAGAGAGAAUUUGCUGAAGAGGAAGAAAGGAAGAGGAAAAAACUGUGUGUGAAGUGGUGGGGGGGAAGCAGUGCCUUUUUUCAAAAAGGAAUCACUACAACUUUUGCUGCCAGAAUGCCUUUGCUUCUGAAGAGAGGAUUUUUGUUGGUGCUUUGCUGGAUUACAGUGAGGAGCUCCCCAACUCCAGGAUCUGAGGGGCACAGUUCAGUCACCGACUGUCCAUCAUGUGCCCUUGCCACGCUCUCAAAGGAUGUGCCUAGCUCCCAGCCUGAGAUGGUAGAAGCAGUAAAGAAGCACAUACUGAACAUGUUGCACUUGAGGGACAGACCUAACAUCACUCAGCCAGUUCCCAAAGCUGCACUUUUAAAUGCUAUCAAGAAACUUCAUGUGGGAAAAGUGAGAGAGGAUGGCUAUGUGGAAAUAGAGGAUGACAUUGGAAGAAGAACAGAAAUGAAUGAACUUGUGGAGCAAACUUCAGAGAUCAUAACAUUUGCAGAAUCAGGUCCUGCCAGGAAAAUGCUUCAUUUUGAAAUUUCCAAGGAAGGCAGUGAGCUAUCAGUAGUAGCACAAGCUGAUGUGUGGCUCUUCCUGAAAGUCUCUAAAGCUAAUCGGAGCAGGACAAAGGUGACCAUCCGACUAUACCAACAACAGAAACUGCCAAGACGCAGCUCCCAAGGAGUGGAAGAGGAUGGAGGGCUAAAGGGAGAGAAAGGUGAAAUUCUCAUCUCCGAAAAGGCAGUGGACACCCGCAAAAGUACCUGGCACAUCUUCCCAGUCUCCAGCAGUGUUCAGCACCUCCUGGACCAGGGAAGGAAUGCCCUGGAUGUACGGAUUGCUUGUGAUCAGUGUCAAGAAACUGGAGCCAGUCUAGUGUUGCUGGGUAAGAGGAAAAGAAAGGAAGAAGAUGUAGAAGGGAAGGAGAAGGAUGGUAGUGAAAGUACGGGGGAAGAGGAGAAGGAACAAUCACACAGGCCUUUCCUGAUGAUGCUUGCCAGACAUUCAGAGGAUCGCCAGCACAGACGGCGGAGGAGAGGUCUUGAGUGUGAUGGCAAAGUUAACAUCUGCUGCAAGAAGAACUUCUUUGUUAGCUUCAAAGACAUUGGCUGGAACGACUGGAUCAUUGCCCCACCAGGUUACCAUGCCAACUACUGUGAAGGAGACUGCCCCAGCCAUAUCGCAGGCACAUCUGGCUCAACCCUCUCUUUCCACUCCACUGUUAUCAACCACUACCGUAUGAGAGGCCACAGUCCUUUCUCCAACCUCAAGUCAUGUUGUGUACCCACCAAGCUACGGCCCAUGUCUAUGCUCUACUAUGAUGAUGGGCAGAACAUAAUCAAAAAGGACAUCCAGAACAUGAUUGUGGAAGAGUGUGGGUGCUCAUAGAUGUGCAUGGAUAUUGCACAUCCACACCUGCAUACAUGCUUGGGAUGGCCCCUCUAUCUAUUUCAAGAAGACUAUUUAAAAUAUAAAGGAGGAAAAACCCAAUGGGUUGGAAACAAAACAACCAUAUUUCUAAAGUAAAAGCAUCCGAUGUUCAAAAAGUGACUUAGAGAUAAAGGAAAGAAGAAUGGCAUUGUUCACCAGGGCUUGGAUGAGAAACAUUCAAAUGGUGUGGGCAAGGGCAUUUCCUAUCUUAUAUGCUCCAUAUUUUAUUACACAGUAUUUUCACACUUAUCAGCAACAUGGGAAGGUAUGUUUCCUUUCCCUGUGUUACCUAUGCAUUCAAGCCCUGACAGCAGCUUGCCUAAAAUGCAGCAAUUUGGAUGCUAAGUCCAAAAUGGUAUUAAAAUUUCUAGAAAAGCCAAGUGUAUGAACACUACAUUCACUGGCACUUUUACUCCCAUCAGUUUACCAAGGACGCAGUGAGUGUGCACAAACGUGUAUGGGCAGAUUUCUUAUGGCAUAUGCAUACAGAGUGCACACCUGUGUAUACAUAUUGGUAAAGGGGACAAUAAUGCGCAGGUGUACUCACCUUUAUCUUCUGCACUAUUUUUGCAAAAAAAAGUUUAAAAAAUAUAAAGAAAGAAAGAAAGAAAAUACAAAGUUACAUUUCGUAAAGGUGCUUAUGACAUUAGAACUAUGCAACCAAGUUGGUUUGAAACUGUUUACCUGAGAGAGAGAAAAAGAGAGAGAGAGAGAGAGAGAGAGAGAAUACCCAGACUUAAAAAAAAAAAAAUGGAAGUAACAUGUUUAAUUUUGUUCUUCAAUGAGAGAUACUUGAAAGGAACAUGUUUCUCCAGCUACUGGAGCCAAACAUUUCUAUAUUUUGUAAAAAAGAGAAAAAAAGAGAAAAAAGUUUAAAUUGUUUACUAUUUGCACUACAACAAUGUUCAACCUGUCUAAUCCUUAUUUAACAAGUAUUGCGGGGAGGGAAUGUGGUUAGGGGUGGAAGGGAAUCAAGAGCUGCACUUAUUGUGAGCUAUACAAGAACUGCUACAGCACACAAAAAUAGUUAUUUUAUUAUAAUAAUUAUUAUUUUAUACCUUUAAAAAUAGAUAUGUACACCAAAGACACUUAUGUGAGCCUCUAAACAGUCGGUUUUUAGCUAGUGUCAUUCAUAGGUUAGGAUCUGGCUUAAAGGGUCAACAGCGAGGCUGGUUGCAUUUCAAAUGAUGUAAUGCUUUCUCGAUGAACCUGUUUAGUGAACACAAACCUGAUUCCAGAAUUGGCUGUGCAUUUCAAACACUCCUAAACUGUUGGGGUGUUUCAAAUCAAGGUUCUAUAUCAGGCCCACCAAUAGUUCAGUUGUGAAUCCUUUGUAUGUACAGCAGCUGUAUGCUGUUGGGGGAAAAAACAACUUCCUAUAAGGGGGAAUUAUAUUUGUAUAUGUAUGUAUAUAUACAGUUUAAGCACUUCAGGCUACACUUUUAAUGUUCUUAAAAAACAAAUGAAUGUUUGUGUGCCAAGCACAGUAUAUUAAAUGGUUUUUUUUUCCCCCA